AUGGGAUGCUGGGCACAACAAGUGAGCUCAGCACACUUGCUCAUUCUCUUUGCUGCCAUCCGAGCUCAUGCAAUCUCCAUCCUCCUCCCCACGGUUGUCUUGGUGCAGACACUCCGAGGAAACAGCUCCGUGCUGCUCUUUCCCUUCAAGUUAGAUGCAGGCGAGCAAGCUCAUGGUUGGACUGCAUUACGACAAGACUGCAGCGGCUGGGACCUCCAUGUCCGCCUUCAGCUCAAGCCAGACAUGCGGCAAGGGACAGAGAGUGCACGGGAGGAAGGAUCCUAUCCGGUAUGCAGACACUGCCAUGAAGAAUCACACGGCACUGCAGGACUAGCAUGUCAGAUAUCGCUGCAUGGCCUAGGUGCUGGGGAUUAUGCUGCUGCUGUUCUCCUUUCCCACGAGGGCCUCGGCGUCAAGUAUCAUGCGCAGGAUCAAGUGCACGCCUGUCGUGGGCCGGAGGUGCGGAUAGAGAGGGCUACCGACCAGUUCUCAUCGGGGGCAAGCUAUACCUUACAUCAAGGUUGCUACAACUACUCCUUGUUCAUCAACUUGUCAGUCAGGACAGCAGGCAGCAGCUACGAGAGUUCUCUCUUCCAGAGUGUGCAUGUUUGCAUGAGCGAGUCAAAGCCCUCCGGCCUCAGGGCCUCUCCAAAGCUAGGCAUCGAGUGCUACGACCCCCUUUGCAACUGUGAGGAAGACCGGUCCUGCUCGCUCGUUGGAACUUGUACAAACUUUCAGCUCCUCAACCUGUUCGAACACCUCCAACUCGCAGCCCAGCACACGAACAAGAUCGCGCGAGGAGAUCUGCCUGCAGCUCAUGCCCUGCCACCUCCCACCAUCGACAUCCCCAUCUACGUGAUCAACCUGCCUGACAGGAAGGACAGGAGGAGGAGCAUGGAGCGGCUCCUGCCAGCCCUCGGGAUGUCGCGACUUCUCUUCCCCCGUGUCACGUUGGGCAGCAGCCUCGACCUCGACGAGCUGGUGGAGGAGGGGAGGCUGUCCCUAGCUGGCCUCCAGCUGAUGGGUGCAGACUCAAGUACGUCCCUCAGUGCCGUGAGGAGGUUUGUCGCUCGAGCUCUCGACCAGCUCGAGUUGGUGCGGCAAGGGCUGGAGACAGGAGCGAGCAUGUUCGGCAUCUUUGAGGACGAUCUCAUGGUGCAGGAUGACCCUCGUGCUGUCGGUCAUCGAAUCUCCUCCGCCAUGCGCGAGCUCCCGCCGUCUGCUGACCUGUUGCAUCUUGAAUUCUGCUUCGAGAGGUGCCGGGUCCUGUGCUUGCAGCAGGCUUCUUCCUCCCUCCUGGUCCGCGCUAACCGUCCGCGCUGCUCGGGAGCCAUCAUCUUCACGAGGAAGGGAGCGGAGAGGGUGCUGGAGCUGUGCGACCCAGUUUUCCUUGCCAUAGACAACAUGCUGCCUGCUCUCAUCGAGCGAGGGCUGCUGGAGGGUUACAUUCUCAAAGACCCGGCGUUCUUUCAGGAUGGGUACUGGGGAUCAGACGUGGAGAGGAAGGAAGCAGGGACCCUGUCGUCAGUCAACCAUCCGCAGCACGUCCCUGUAGCCUCCUUGUGCGAGGAGGAUUUCAACCCGCGGUCUGAAUGGUCGAGGAGGAAAAAAUUCUUCCUGGCGUCAGUGGUGGAAGGAGGAGGAGAGGCGGCGCGAUAUGUGAGUGCUGUGUACGGGAGAGAUGACUGCGGGAUGGAAGCUGAAGAAGGAGGAGAACUUGUCAUCGUCCCGAGCUCUCUGUCUCCUUCUCUCCAGCUCUUGUCGCCAUGCUCACAGGCUGUGGGUCUGCCCUCCUGCCUCGUCCCCAGCAGGGCGAUGGAUGGAGACCUGGCAGGGAUCGAGUGCGACGAGGGGGAGGAGGAUGAGAUCUCUCUUGCAGCAGGGAACGAUGCUCUGCUGAUGCACAAGUGCGACGGAGAUCGAUACUCGCUCCUCCUCCUCUCGCCCUCCAGCGUCUGCUACUAUGAGCGCUGGUGCGAUCUUUUCAUGCUGAGCUCGGCGAGGAAGGGAUGCCAUGGGGCUCAGAAGAAGUUGGUCGCUACCGCCUUCCUCAUGCGGAGUAAGAGCUGGGAGGACAGGGACGUGUGCUUGUUGCUGUAUGGAGAUUCCCUCGAAGGAGCCUCCAGUUUCAUCGCAAGACUAAGACAGAGAAUAGGAGGAGGAGGAGGAGGAGGAGGAGGAGGAGGAGGAGGAGGAGGAGGAGGAGGAGGAGGAGGAGGAGGCAAUUUCUCUUUGGGGCAUGUGAUUGGGUUCCAGUCAAACGAGGAGGUGGAGGAGGAGGUGGUCUUGUUUCCUGCUGCUCUGUCUCCAACCAGCGUUCAGCGGCUGCUGCUGCACGAGGCUCUGAAUCGCUUCCUCUUUCCUCUCGUUUGCUUCCGCAGCUUCCUCUUCUGUCGCCUCGAUGCGCUGGCCCUGUGCUGGGACGAGGCGAUCACGCUGCUGGAGGACGAGGGACCAGCGACAAGGGACGAGGUGCAGGGACAGAGGGAGGCAGGAAGACGGAGGGUGAGGAAGGGCAGAGGCGAUCAGGGGGGGGAGGAGAGGCGACAGGACAGAGGGGAGGAGAGAGUUGAGGACAGGAAGGGGAUGAACGGAGAUGAUGAAACAGGAGCUUUUUCCUUGCAAUGGGAUCAGGUUCAAAAUUUCCUGGGCUCUCAAACUUUCUGCAGCUAA